UAUUGCUAUUUAAAUUACUAUUUUUAUAAUUAAUCUGAAAACCUUUGCAGCUCAGUCUUGAGAGUUGAGAGACUUUCAGAAAAAAGAGAGUAAUAAAGAUUUUUUUCCAUUUCAGGCAAGUCCUAUUCUCUUUUCCCUCUCUAAUUUUCCUAUUUCAGGGCCUUCUAGGGUUUUCAGUCUCCUCGAAACACCUUUUUGCAUUUCACAUUUUAUACUGCAUACAAUUCUCCUCUUCAGCUUCGGGGCAGUAGAUUGGUGGUUGGUUAUUUUGUUUCGGUGCCAAAUUUUGGUUUCGUUCUUGAAAGUUUUUGCUGUAUAUACUCUUGAAGAUGGACAUACGCUAAGGAGUCAUCUCUUUUGAUGUUAUGGAUGAAGCAUUGGGUGAUGAAGUGCCUCCAGUUGAUGUGGCUGAGGGGCCACACCUCCACAGCAAAGAGAGUGAAUAUUCCCUUAAGCCACCUGGAAGCUCCAACAUGCUACAAUCUCACGAGGCGGUUAUACCUGGUGAGGGUGACUAUCCUGGGAGCUCAUUGCACAUACUUGCAGAUAUUUUGGAUGCCAAGAAUGUUACUUGGAAUACAAAUCCUGUGGAUGCAUCUGAACAGCCAUGUGCUAGCCCUCGGUACAUGGAUAAUGUUGAGAACAUAGUUGAAGAGUUAACAGUGAAAAAUUAUGAUAGUUCAAACUUAGCUAUAGUUGGAACAUCAAGCAAUAGGGAAAGAAUGCAAACUAGGCAGGGCCAGUGGCAGCAUCUUUAUCAACUUGGAGGUGCAUCAGGAAUUGGGAGCUCACACGGCAAUACUUCAAAUAAGGAGGGAAUGCCAAGUGUCUGGGAGGAUGUGAAGUAUGCAUCUUCCCCUGCAUUUUUGGGCCAGAAAACAUCAAGUGGGGACUGCAAUGAAAUCAUCGAACAAUCAGCAAAUGCUGAACAGAAAGGAGUGUCAAACAACAUGAUCUCUCAAGGGGGCAUUCGGACAAAGAUUUUAUCAAAAUCAGGAUUCUCUGAGUUUUUUGUAAAAAACACAUUGAAAGGUAAGGGCAUCAUUUUCAGAGGUCCACCCCAUGAAGGUACAAGAUUCACGCCAAAAGAUGAGAAUAAUGGAAACGCUACUAGUGGCACUUUGACGACUUCUAACUCUUUGGUGAAUUUAGGUGCAAAAGCUGUAAUGCCUUCUUCAUUUGUUACUGCUGGGCCCAGGCCUGCUAGUUCAGAUAAUGAUGGAAUUAGUUUGCGACAUUGGCUGAAUGCACAGCAGCAUAAAGUGAAUAAAGUUGAGUGCUUGCAUAUAUUUAGACAGAUUCUUGAUCUAGUGGAUCGUUCUCACUCUCAAGGAGUUGUAUUGCGUGAACUACGUCCUUCAUGCUUCAGGUUGUUACAGUCAAAUCAAGUAAAAUAUAUUGGUUCUGGUGUUCAAAGAGACCUGAUAGAGAGUGCUAUUGAUCGAGAUAUGCCUUGUUCAGGGAAUCAUAUUACUAGAAGAAUGCCAGCAGAGCAGGGAAUGCAGCCAAUUGCAAAGAAGCAAAAACUAAGUGAGCAGACAAACUAUAUUAGGCAGUGGCCUCAGUUUACUGCUAAAUAUGGUUUCAAAUUUGAAACUGCUACUGAUGGUGGCAUCAAUGUAGCCAGUACACAAGAUGAACUUACUGAACAUGCUCCAAAUGUAGAAUAUGGAAUUCGGGGCAAGAGUAGCCAUCUGCCCUCAAAUACAGCUCAACAGCAGUUGACAUUCAUUAGUGACAGGCCAGAAGAGAAGUGGUAUGCUAGUCCUGAGGAGCUGAGUGAGGGAAUCUGCACCACUUCAUCAAAUAUUUAUAGUCUAGGUGUCCUACUGUUUGAGUUGCUUGGUUGUUUUGACUCUGUACGAGGACAUGCUACAGCAAUGACAGACCUGCGUCACAGGAUUCUUCCUCCCCGUUUUUUAUCAGAAAAUCCAAAGGAAGCUGGAUUCUGCCUUUGGUUACUUCAUCCUGAACCUUCAUCAAGGCCAACAACUAGGGAAAUCCUACAAUCCGAAGUGGUUAAUGGAUCGCAAGAGGUUUCUACAGAAGAAUUGUCAUCUUCAAUUGACCGAGAUGAUGCAGAAUCGGAACUGUUAUUACAUUUCCUUAUUUUAUUGAAAGAGCAUAAGCAUAAGCAUGCCUCAAAAUUAACCAAUGACAUUAGGUGCAUAGAAGCAGAUAUCGAAGAGGUCCAGAGGAGGAGCUGUUCACAGAGUACCUUGGGGACUCAGUUAUCACUUAUUUCUGGUACAAAAGAAAUGAGGUUGACAAGCAAUAUCAGUCAACUUGAAAGUGCUUACUUUUCCAUGAGAGCUAAGAUCCAGCUCCCAGAGACUGAUGGUACCAUGAACCAAGAGAGGGAUUUAUUGAGAAAUCGAGAGAAUUCUCAUAUAGCUCUGCAGGGUGAAGGAAAACAGAAUCCUACUGAUUGUCUUGGAGACUUUUUUGAUGGUUUGUGUAAGUAUGCUCGUUAUAGUAAGUUUGAAGUGCGUGGACUGCUGAGAACUGCGGAUUUUAACAAUUCUGCAAAUGUAAUUUGCUCUUUGAGUUUUGAUCGUGAUUUGGACUACUUUGCAAGUGCUGGAGUAUCAAAGAAAAUAAAGAUAUUUGAGUUUAAUGCACUCUUAAAUGAUUCUGUUGAUAUUCAUUAUCCAGUUGUUGAAAUGUCAAACAAAUCGAAGCUUAGUUGCAUUUGCUGGAAUAGCUAUAUCAAGAAUUAUCUGGCCUCAACUGACUAUGAUGGUGUUGUGAAGUUAUGGGAUGCAAGUACUGGUCAAGGGGUUUUCCAAUAUAAUGAGCAUGAAAGGAGGGCUUGGUCUGUUGACUUUUCUCAAGUGUAUCCAACAAAAUUGGCCAGCGGAAGUGAUGAUUGUUCUGUGAAGCUGUGGAACAUUAAUGAGAAGAAUAGUUUAGGCACGAUCAAGAACAUUGCAAAUAUCUGCUGUGUGCAGUUCUCUUCUCACUCUACUCAUUUAUUGGCCUUUGGAUCAGCGGAUUACCGAACAUAUUGCUAUGAUCUUCGGAACGUAAGAAUGCCCUUGUGUGUAUUGGCUGGCCAUCAGAAAGCUGUGAGCUAUGUGAAAUUCUUGGACCCUGAAACUCUGGUUACUGCAUCUACUGACAACUCCUUAAAACUUUGGGAUCUCAGUAAAGCCAGUUCUAAUGGUCUAUCUACCAAUGCUUGCAGUUUAACACUCAGCGGACACACUAAUGAGAAGAACUUUGUGGGUUUGUCUGUUGCUGAUGGUUAUAUAGCAUGUGGUUCAGAAACAAACGAGGUUUAUGCUUAUUAUAGAUCCCUACCUAUGCCUAUCACUUCCCACAAGUUUGGUUCAAUUGAUCCUAUUUCUGGGAAAGAGACAGAUGAUGACAAUGGGCAGUUUGUUUCUAGUGUCUGCUGGAGAGGGAAAUCAGACAUGGUUGUUGCUGCCAAUUCAACUGGGUGUAUAAAAGUUUUGCAGAUGGUUUGAAUUCUGAAGUAAAAGAUAACCCUCUGAGAUCAAUUACGAAUCAAAUUCCUGUUGGUCCCUUUCCAGCUUGGAAUCAGAGACUUUUUCCCAGGGGCCUUUUUAUAAUUGAGAACUGCAAAUUUGCAUGUGACAUGAAGAUGGGCUCCGAUCAGCUGAACUACAAUAUUUCAGAUGGUGUAAAAUUCUGAUUCCAGAUGAGAAAUGCAGGCAGCCAAGCACUUGGCAAGAACUCUGGAGUAUUAUAUUGUCAUAAAGAGAGUGGACUCAGGUUGCUGGUUGUGAAUAUAAUACAAAGAUGAUUUAGUUCGGGGCUGGACAAAAGCAAAUCUUUGAUAGAACUCUUACAAGAGCGGUGCUAAUCUUCUUUAUUUGCUCCUCGUACCAACUCUAGAAUUGGUGUGCAGUCCUUUCAGGUUUUCAGCAAAGGAUUGGCAAGUCUAAACUAGCAAUUAGUUCAUAAGAUAGCUUUGAAGUAUGGUCAAUGCUUUGACCAAUCAAACAAAUUCCAUAUUGCAUUAUGUUCAAAAAAAAAAAAAAAUUAUUGAGGUGUACCUAAGGAUUGAAUGUUGUAAGUACAAGGGCCUGUUAUUGUAAAUUUUUUGAGGAAAAAAAAAAAAAAGAAAUGUAUAUGAUAGUUUUGUAUUGGAAAA